AAACGUCAAUCUUCGAAAUCGAUCCGUAAGGAGAUCAGAAUGCUGAGUGCUGACGAACGCGAGAAGUUGUGGUUAGCGAUGAACAGGCUGAAGGCGACCAGCAUCGAUAACAUCACCAUUUGGGAUUUGCACACACUCGUCCACUAUCCGGACAGCGCUCCAGGCGCACACUGGGGUCCGGCAUUUUUGCCGUGGCAUCGUGAAUUCCUUCGCCAAUUCGAAGUUGCUCUACAGAGGGAGAUGCCAUCAGUUUCCUUACCAUACUGGGAUUCCACUCUCGAUGAAGGACUUCCUGAUCCAUCAGACAGUGUAAUGUGGAGCGAUGAACUUCUCGGAAACGGUAACGGCUAUGUGAAGACAGGACCGUUUCAGAAUUGGGACACAAACGUACUGAUGCCGUUGAGUCGAAUUCCAGUGAAGAAAUUGUACAGAUCAACUGGCGGUAGAGAACAGGACCGUCUGAUGAGUCCGAGUGAUGUUGAAUGGAUCAUAUCCAGGAAAAAUUACAGUCAACUUACAUUUUGUCACGACAAAACGUUCGAAAGUAUGCAUGGAUUGAGUCAUGUAUGGGUCGGUGGUUUCAUGUUCGUCAUAAGAGUGAGUCCGAAUGAUCCUAUGUUCUAUCUUCAUCAUGCUUUCGUCGACUAUCUAUGGGAGCAGUUUAGAAAAAAACAACAAAGCCGAGAGCAACGAGAAACCCAAUGGGAUACGUGCAACGAAUUACAUGGAUACGAUGAGCAGAUGAAGCCGUUUCGCCUACAGAAUCGUGACGGGCUCAGUAAUCAGUACACUGAUGAGUAUGACUACGAACCAGUACGGCACUGUACGUCGAUGAUACCUGAAUGCGAUUCACCGUACUACUGGUGUGAUACGAAAUCGUGGCGGUGCCGAAGCAAGGUCGUUCUAGGAGGUAACUGCACGGGAUUCGAAGGUACGGGGAUUUGUUACAACUCGGUUUUGAUAACAUCAACUGAACAAAGGAUCGCUCUAAAUGUGUCGUUUUCUUUUCCAGCAAUUGCGAGGUUGUUAUUCAGCCCGCGUUUAUUACCUUACAAGAGGAACACAUACAACACAACGGUAGCUCACCAUUUCAGCAGAAUCGCCUUCUUCAGAUCCUGGAGGGGUACACUGAUGCGCAACUUAGUAGGUCAAACGCUUUAA